ACAACCGACCAGCGGGGGAAAAUAUCAUUGCCUGCGUUACACUCAACACACUCUUCAAAGCCACACACACACAGAUCACAGUACGAUUCCACCAACGAUUGUGAUUUCACAUCUAAAUCGAAUCCAAUUUUUGUGGACGAAAAUCACCACUCCUUCCUCGCCAUUCAAUUAUUCGUCGUCGAAUUUUGUAAGUUUCAAAUUUGGUUGAUUUUUUAGCCCUAAAUAAGGCUUCGUUCCUCCUGCGAUUGGUUUUUGCGAGCAGGAUCUUCAAUUGUUCUCGAAUUUCUUCUCUGUUGGAAGUGGUGAGGAUAAUUUUUGAAUCAACUUAGAAGAAAGUGGUGAUGCAAAUACAGGACAACGAGAAGUUACUUUUUUUGUUAUUCCUUUUGCUGAACAUAGAAACAAAGAAAGAAAGAAAGCUGAAUUAACAAACAAACAAACAAAAAAACCGAGUUGAUUUUAGUUUCUAGAACUUGAUCAUUGUCGAAUCUUUGCUUUGAUGAACAUUUGGUCAUAUUGGAAGAAAGGGUUUAUCAAUUGAGUGGAUUAGGGUUCUAUUUCUCAGUUCUGUACAUUGAAUUUCAAUCCAUAAGUUAUGCAGAGAGUUCGUGUUUCUCAGUUAGGAGAUUCCCAAAUGACUUUAUCCCCAAAAUUCAAGUUCCCUACAUUGAAUGCUGCUUCACUAGAAUCGAAUCAAUCAGCUGCCGGCGGCGGAGAGCCAUUGAUUCCGGGGCUUCCCGACGACAUUGGGCUGCUCUGCCUCCUCCGCGUCAGCGUCGAUAAGCACGCGACGUGCAAGGCCGUGUGCCGGCGUUGGCAUUCGAUAUUUGGCACAAAAGAUCAUUUUUUCACACUAAGGAAGGAGUUGAGCUUCCAUGAUCCUUGGCUAUUUGUGUUUGCUAGCCACAGAUACACCGGGAAGAUCGAGUGGAAGGUUCUCGAUCUCAAGAAAUUCACAUGGCAUUCGAUCGCGGCAAUGCCAUGUAAGGACAAGGUCUGUCCGCAGGGAUUUCGAUGCGUUUCGAUCCCUCACGACGGGGCUCUAUAUGUAUGCGGAGGCGUUGUCUCCGACGUCGAUUGUCCCCUAAACUUGGUCCUGAAAUACGAGGCUUGUAAGAACCGGUGGACGGCGAUGAAGAAGAUGAUCACGGGGAGGUCGUAUUUCGCGAGCGGAGUUAUCGACGGGAUGGUUUAUGUGGCUGGAGGGAACAGUGCGGAUUUGUUUGAGCUCGAUUCGGGCGAAGCGUUGGAUCCGAAGAACGGGGCGUGGAAACCAAUUGCCGACAUGGGAGCAAACAUGAUGUCGUACGACGCAGCAGUUCUCGACGGGAGGCUUCUGAUGACGGAGGGGUGGCUAUGGCCGUUCUACGCAGUCCCGAGGGGGCGGGUGUACGAUCCGUCGACGGAUAAGUGGGAGAGUAUGGCGGCCGGACUGCGGGAAGGGUGGACGGGAUCGAGCGUCGUAAUAGACGGGCACUUGUUUGUGGUGCCGGAGCACGAAAGGGCGAAAGUGAAGGUCUAUGACGCGGGGAAUGAUUCGUGGGACAUCGUGGAGGGGACGCCUUUGCCGGAGCGGAUACGCAAGCCGUUCUGCGUCAGCUCGUCGGGGCGGAGGAUGUAUGUCGUCGGGCGGAGCUUCGGCGUCGUCGUCGGGGAUGUGUCGAAGGUUGAUCUGGGUGAGGGGAAAUGGAGAUUUGGUGUGAAAUGGGAGGUUGUGGAUGGACCUGCAUCAAUGUUAGACCUUGUACCAUCAAGUGCACAGGUUCUGUUUGCUUAGAACUUACUUUUGGUUAUGUUUUGUGCUUUGGUUUUUUUUGAUCGGAUGUUUUGUGCUUUGUUGCCCUUUGUUGUUGUAUACAGUGUGAAACCAUUUUAGGUGCUAA